AUGCAGCAGUACGACGGCGAUAACGCUCCAGACGACGAAGUUCAGAACUCAGGGGACGGAGGCGACGCGAUCGUCGCUGGAGUCGACUUAACACGUGAAGACGAAGAGAAUAGGAACGCCGCAACAGCUAGUACAGCAAACGCUGCGAACAGCGCUAUACAUCGGUCAGGAGACAGUGAGGAGGACGAGGUCGAAGAAGAAGAGGACAAUUACUGGAGACGAGGGGCCUCAAGGCCUGGGUCUCCACUAAUGGCAGACAAUGCAAGCGAUAACUCUUCUAUGAUGCCACCACAAAGACCUAAAAGUCGCGUUGAUAUAACCACAAGCAGGAGUCCAGUCAGGAAUCCAGUCAGGAGUCCAAGUCCAGAAGCCCAGUUUCCAGGCGUGUCCUCGAGUCCGGAUUCAAGUUUUGCAGUACAGUACGAGCAGUGA